AUGACAAUCGACAAUAAAAUCACACCUGCUUGGUGGAAAGAAACAAGCGUUUAUCAAAUUUAUCCUGCAUCAUAUAAAGACUCAACUGGAAAUGGGACUGGGGACAUUCCAGGUAUUACAUCAAAGUUGGAUUAUAUUCAGUCAAUCGGGGUGGAUAUUGUAUGGCUAAACCCUUGUUUUGAAUCACCUCAGGUUGAUAUGGGGUACGAUAUAUCGGACUAUUACAAGAUCGAUCCUCUCUAUGGUACAUUGAAAGACAUCGACGAAUUGAUUGAAGGAUUGCAUUCGAGAGGAAUGAAGUUGUUGAUGGAUCUAGUUGUGAACCAUACUUCAGAUAAACAUGACUGGUUCGAAAAGUCGCGCUCUAGCACUGACAAUGAGUAUCGUGAUUGGUACAUUUGGAGGAAACCAAGGUUCGAUGAGCAUGGUAACAGACAUCCACCAAACAAUUGGAUUGCGAGCUUCGAAGGAAGCGCAUGGGAGUUCGAUGAAAGGACAGGUGAGUACUAUUUGCACCUUUUUGCCAAAGAGCAACCAGAUUUAAAUUGGGAAAAUCCCAAGGUGCGCAAGGAAGUGCACAAGAUAAUUAGAUUCUGGUUGGAUAGGGGAGCCGAUGGAUUUCGCAUGGAUGUGAUUAAUUAUAUUUCAAAAGAUCAAAACUUUCCUGACGCAGAAAUAGCCAACAAGGAUCUGAAAUACCAAAAUGGUUCAAAGUAUUACGCUUGCGGACCCCGAUUGCAUGAGUAUUUGAAGGACAUUGGGCAUAUUCUUCAAGAAUAUGAUGCAUUCAGUGUUGGUGAAAUGCCCAGCUGUAACGAUCCCCUGGAAAUCAUUAGAGCUGUAAAUUCAGACCGUAAUGAACUCAGCAUGAUUUUCAAUUUUGAAAUUGUGGACCUAGAUCACGGGAAAACGAAAUUUGAACAGGGAUCAUGGGACGUAAGGGACAUCCGUAGAGUGGUCAAUAAAUGGCAGUCCUUCAUGCAAAGCAAUGGGGGUUGGAAUGCGAUCUACUUGGAAAAUCAUGAUCAACCUCGUUCGGUAUCACGUUAUGGGAAUGAAUCACCAGAGUUCAGAAAGGUAAGUGCUAAAAUGGUUGCAACCUUUUUAGCUCUUCAACAAGGUACUUUAUUUGUCUAUCAAGGACAAGAGUUAGGACUUGUAAAUGUUCCUAAGCAAUGGGAAAUCAACAAAUAUCGAGACAUAGAAACCCUUAAUAAUUAUAAUGAGUUGAUUAGUUUUGGCGCUUCUGAGAAAAGAUUGAAAUCUGCGAUGGUCGAAUACCAAAAAAAAUCUCGUGACAACGCCAGAACUCCUAUUCCAUGGAACAAUACUGAAAACGCAGGUUUCAGCACAGGAAAACCAUGGAUAGACAUCAAUGAAAGCGAUAAGGAGCUCAAUGUCGAAGAAGAAGAUAAAGACGCUGAAUCGGUUUUGAAUUACUGGAGAAAAAUACUUUUGCUUCGCAAAAAGUCCAAAGAUAUUUUUGUCUAUGGAUUAUUCAAAAUAGAAUCUGAAGAAGAGAAUGAUCUGGUUCUCUCUUUUCUGCGUUCAUCCGCAGCUGAAAGUUCAAUCGUGAUUUGCAAUUUUUCCAGUCAAGAGGUCCUGUGGAAAGUUCCCAAAAAAUUCGUUAAAAGCAACAUCAUUUUAUCAAAUUAUAAUAAAACAGGAACUUUAGGUGAAACUGUUCGUUUAAACCCGUACGAAGUAUUUGUGACUUUGUAA